AUGACAUCGGCCUACACUCCAAACCAGCUAGAAGCGUACCUGGAGCGCAUCGGAUACGCAAAGACCGCCUCCGGAACAGGUCGCCUCCGGCUGCAAGAGCUCCAGCUCGCAAUUCAACAAGACCCUCUAAAAGCUCUAGGAGAACUCCAACGCCGACAUCUGGCUUCAAUACCAUGGGGAAACACAGCUAUCCACUAUUCCCAACAUCACAGUAUCUCUACCCACCCAUCGGCGGUGUUUGAAAAACUGGUCGUUCGUCGCCUCGAUGGGUAUUGCAUGGAAAACACCAACCUGCUCUACGUUGUUCUCCGGUCCCUGGGCUAUCAGGCGUAUCCCACAGCAGGCAGAGUAUCGAGUGCUGCGGUUGACCCAGCGAAUGCUGGUCCGGAAGUUCGAUAUGGCGCUUUGGGACAUAUGGUCAUUAUCGUCACAAUCGGUGGCUGGAAAUAUAUGGUCGAUGUGGGAUUUGGGAAUAAUGGACCGACAGAGCCGUUGGCCCUCCUGAGAAACGUAGCUGGGCACAUAAACCCAACACUUGAAAUACAGUUGGACAAAGAGCCUCUCCCUGAAGCGGUCGACCAGAGUCAAGAGUUCUGGGUUUACAAAGUCCGCUACAGGCCGGAUAAGGGCUGGAUUCCUAUGUACGCAUUCUCCGAGACCGAGUUCCUACCGCAAGACUUUGCGAUGAUAAACUUCAACACAAGCAUGCAGCCGAGUAGCUGGUUUACGCAAAAAGUUGUCUGCGUUCGGCACAUUCUGAAUCAAGACGAAAGCAAUAUCGAGGGACUGUGCGUUAUGGCCGGGAAAGAGGUUAAGAGACGUGUGGCUGGAAAGUCGGAAAUCGUGCAGAAGCUGGAGACCGAGGACGAUAGGGUGGAGGCUCUUGGGAAGUGGUUUGGUAUACAUCUUCUGGAUCAUGAGAUUGCCGGCAUUCGGGGAUAUCUAGAUAUAGCGAUCUACAAAGAUCUAGAGGUUCGUGGAACAGGAUGGCGGCCUCAACAGUUAAAUCCACCGAACCCCAACCUCCGAAUGGUCCAAUCCGUCCGAUCCUCGGCUAUUCUAGAGCUUACGCUUAAGCUUAAUCAUACAGAUAACAAGCUAAUAGUCCCACGUUUAUACCAGGUCUCAGACGCUCUCCUCAAAAUCCAGAAACCAACCGAUGGAUCUCCCUCGCGGGCUGGGCACCUAGCUGAUCUCACCCCCUUCUCCCCAUCCCUCGGCCGCAACACAACAGGCCCCAAAAUCAUAGCUCCCGCCUCAACAAUCCAAUUCAUCCCCAAGUCCUCAUCCGCCGCGUCCCUCCUCACAGAAUUCACCUCCCCGCCCAGUGAAAACCAAACCUUCCCAAAGGGCACGCACUGGGUCGACAACACCGAGCCUAACACAAUCGUGCUGAUCUCGCAGCCACCGGGUCAACAGUGCGCCGUCGUCGGCGGGAUCAUGGCCGUGCGGAUGAAAGCGCUCGGCAUCAAAGGCGUUGUCGUGGACGGGCGGAUCCGAGAUCUAUCUGAAAUACAGGGCGCAGAGUUACCGGUUUGGGCGAAGGGGACGUCAACGGUUGGGACCGGGGCGGAGGCGAAGCCCGGACUGAGGAAUGUGAGGGUUGAUGUUGGGGGCGUGAGUGUUGAGCCUGGGGAUAUUGUCUUCUGUGAUCCCUUGGAGGGGGUUGUUGUUAUUCCGAAAGAUUCGCUGGAUAAGGUGCUGGAGGUUAUGCCCGGGAUUGUGGAGGCCGAUGAUAGGGUUAAGGAGGCUGUUGAAGGGGGCAUGAGCGUUUUCGAGGCUUUCAAGAAGUUCAGAGGAUAG